UUCCUCAAAUCUCGCCUCCAGGAAUGAAGAAGGUGGGGAAGCGUAGUAUGAGAUGCAGCAGGGCAGAAUCAUCCAAAGCCUUCAUCAACAUCGGCCCAGUGGGGACAAACCUUCCAGAGUACCUAGAGAACUGCCAGCAAAAGCAACCUUUUGUGCUCGCCCUUGGGGACAUCCUCAAGCCAGAGCAAGUGUUCGUUAUUUGCGAUGGUGCUGCCUUGGAAGCAAUGUCCCUCAUUCACGGAGUGGACCUUUGCUUUAAGGCCAUCUAUAUUCUGUGGGUAAAUUAUCCUUGGGAGGCAGCCAACACUUAUGACUUUCUGCAGAAAGUCAUUUACAAGAUGGAUGAUGGAAACCCCAACUGCAAGACCACAACGCCAUCUAGUACCAUGUGGGCUACUACCUUUAAAGUCUUAUUCAAACAAGGCACGACAAAGCUCAGCAACUUUUGUGUACAAAGUCAAUGGGAUAUGAGGCGUCAAAUAUGUUUCAGAGACAAGUGACCUUUUUUGGAAAGUAGACCAAUUAAAUUUCUUUAAAUAGCGCAAAAUAAUUUUUCCAGAUGAUCUUUAUACAGGUUAUAGUUAUACUAUGUUACGUGUGAUGAUGCAAAAUCCUUUUUGUGCCACUUUCACCAUUUAACAUAGGAAUUGGUAAGAAGGUCAUACUGGCUGUUACUUGAAUAAAUUCAUGAAAAUGGUCUAAACAAUGACAACAGGCUACAUCUGGAGGAAUAACAUAAUUCUUAAAAAAUUGAAUUUCUCGGAUUGUCAUCAGACCUACCAACUUCUCCUUUUUAAAAGGAGUUACUCCUUUUUUAGAAAUUUUAAUAUACAUUAUACCAUAUGGUUAAAGAAAUCUUAUUGUCCAGGUAUCUUACACUAAUCUAUGUGAAAUAUGCUGUGACUCCUAUUUUUUAAAUGAAUCAGUCCUAUAUUUAAGUUUACAGGUUGGUAGGCAUGU